UUUGAGAACUUGAUUGGUUGCCAGACGACGGAUUGUGACCGGAAGAGAAACAAAGUUUUAUAGUUGUACACUCGGCGGUUCACUUUUUUUUAUGUAGACUGUUCGGUGACAGCUAGCUGAACGUGUUAAAAUCAUAAAUUGCUGCUUUUAAAAAUGGCCAAUAAAGACCACCAGUAUUCAUUCAUUGCUGAAUGGUAUGACCCAAAUGCUGCCCUCAUACGGAAGUACCAACUUCUUUUCUAUGUUGCAGAUAACACUGUUGAAAUGUACGACAUAAAAAAUAGGCGAUUGUUUCUGAAGCGCUCAAAGUGUGAUUCUGUAAGGUAUGAGGAUCUGUAUGUUGGCAGUACGGUGAAUGUUCAUUCCAGAAAACUUACAUUUGUAGAUUAUGCUGACGACUUCACCAGAAAAGUAUUAGGCCAACAAAAAGAAAGAACAUUAGCAAUGAUAAAACCUGAUGCUAUAUCGAAAGUUGGUGCCAUUUUUGAUAUGAUCUAUAAAAGUAACUUUCUUGUGAGUAAUGCUAAGAUGGUAACACUAUCUGCAGCAGAGGCCGAAAGGUUCUACCAGGAACAUGUUGGAAAACCAUUUUUUGACAAUCUGGUACGAUUUAUCACAAGUGGUCCUGUGAUAGCUAUUGAGCUGAUGGGAGAGGGCAGCAUUGAUAAUUGGCGACGUCUUCUUGGACCAACCGACAGCAGUAUGGCAAGGAGUGAAGCUCCAAGCAGUAUUAGGGCAAAGUUUGGAACUGAUAAGACUCGAAAUGCCUGCCACGGAUCAGAUUCUCCGGGGUCUGCAGAAAGAGAGACUGAUUUCUUCUUCCGUUCAGCAAGAAAGAACACGGCUAAGCUGAACCAUUGUACUUGCUGCAUUAUAAAACCAACAGCAGUGAAAAGUGGUCAGUAAACAAACCAAAAAUAG